UAGAUUUGUUCACUUCUCCGGAAGAAACCACUGAAAUCUGUGCUCAGGGGAGCAGCGCAUAUUUACCCAAAAGGAAGCUGUGAGAAUAAGAUGCAACUCUUCCUUUCUGUUCUCCUUUCAUAGGGUAUGGGUUAGGGGUGCUGUUCGCCCUGGGGCCACAGAGUGAAGAAGCAGCCCUCAGCUGUGCCUCAGGGUGGCUGGAGCAGAGCAGAAACGCGUGCUGACGGCUGCUGAGAUAAGAGAGCAGGGAAGUCUCUUUGAAGAACUCCUUGUUGGGAUGCCUCACAUCAGCACAGCUGCAGCCCUGCAGAUCUGUGCGCUGCUGGCUGCGCUUCCUGCACAGUAUUACAUAUCCCAGUGGUAUGGAGCAGACCCUGCUCAGAGCAUCCGAAUGACAAAAAGGUUAAUUGCCUGUGGGAGCAGCUUUACGAAAUCUUACUUGAGCCUGGACCUGUGGGCAGAUCGUUUGAAGCUGUGGCUAUCAGAGGCGAGGCAGGGUGAAGGAAGUAAGACUGAAAGAGCAAAGCUGGGGAACAUCAUAGAAGAGGAGAGAAGGAAUUGGUACUAUGGAGAAAAGAAAAUUAAAAGUGCCAACAAUGAAGCAGAAAACCAUUCUUAUUUUGCAGCAUCAUCUCAUGUUCACAGUCCAAAGCCUGAAUCUAUCCAGUUCAGUGUGGGACAGGUGAUAGUUCACAAAAGAUUUGGUUAUUCGGGAGUCAUUGUUGGAUGGGAUGUGAGAGCUAAAGCUCCAGAAGAAUGGCUACAACACAAAUAUCCUCCAGAAAAACAGGAUGUAAAAGAUACUCCUCACUAUCGAAUUCUAAUUAACAAUGCAAGUGGAUUCGGCAAAUCUACCGCUUACAUUCCUGAGGAAGAGAUAACAAUUAUUGUGGGAUUAGAGGUACACCACCCUGAUGUUAAAGUCUAUUUCUGUGGAUAUGACGGAUCAAAGUAUAUUUUGCAGCCGUGGCUGAGAGACAUCUAUCCUCAUGACUGAAGCAUUCAAGUAUCUGUACAUAUAAUGUACAUCUGGACAACAUAUUUCCUUUAUAAACUUGAGCAAAUAGACACCAAGAUAAAAACUAAUGCAUGGUUGGGUUCUUCUUUUCGUAUGAUGGAAUAAAGCAUUCCUAAGGGUGUUUUAUGUUGAAGGAUUC